CCCAAGUUUAUCAAGAAAUACAUACAACACCAACCCUCAUCCCCCUCCCUCUCUCUCUCCCCCCCUCCCUCUUCCUCCCUUUCUCUUCCUCCUCCUAUCCCCAGACCGGAAACAAGCCACCGCAAAAAUGGUCCGCAAAUUCUCGAAAUUCCCCAAGAAGCCCUUGGACCUAGUCGGUCCAGCCGCGCCUCUCUCCGAACGCAAACAGAUCUUUCUUCCGGACUUCACGAUCGCCCUCAUCCGCACGCCCUUCCUCCCGCCCCGCUACGCCUCCUUCUACGUGCCCCUCAACUUCAACAAGCUCGACAUCCGCGACUACCUGCAGCGCGUCUACGGCGUCGGCGUGCUAGCCGUCCGCAGCUUCGUCGAGCAGCAGCCCGUGACCCGCGAGAAGUCUCUCGGCCGCUUCGGCUACGGGCCCUGGCGCCGCCCCAUCAGCAAGAAGCGCAUGACGGUUGAGAUGACCGAGCCGUUUGUGUGGCCUGAGCCGCCGAAGGAGAUGGAUAAAUGGGAGAAAGACCAAUACUUCAAGGCGGCCAAAUACCAGGAGGAAAUGCGCGACUCCCGUAGCCCCGAAGCUAUGACUAAACCCCCGACCCAGGAGCGUGAGUCGUACGCCGAGGAGGCGAAGAAGAUCCUCAGCGGCGAGAAGCCCUGGCGCCCUACUUGGCAGGCUCUGGGGUUGAAUUACGAUCGCUCUGCGCUGCGGAAGCCUCAACAGGGGUCUCGGUCCUCGAGGUCGUGAGGGUUCGUGGCGUGGUUUAGAUGAUAUGGGUUGAAGGUUGUGGAUCGGGGGGUCUUGCUUUUUGGGUCGCGAUGUACUACUGUAUUAUAUCUAUGGCUUUGUUUUUAUAAAUACACCUUUGUCUUUUUUUCUUUUUUCUUUUUUUUUUCUUG